AUGAUUUCAGUAAUUGACGACACAUAUGAUUCAUAUGGUACUCUUGAUGAACUAGAAGUAUUCACAGAAGCCGUGGACCGGUGGGAUACAAGUGAAAUUGAUCGACUCCCUACAUAUAUGAAAACGGUGUAUUCAACUCUUCUCGAUCUCUUCAAAGAAUAUGACAUCGAAGUAGAGAAACAAGAUAUGAGUUUCAAUAGAGUAUAUUACGUCAAAGAGGCGAUGAAAGAAAUCGUGAGGAGUUACUACACUGAAGCACAAUGGUUCAUCAAAGGGAAAAGUCCACCAUUUGAAGAAUACCUAAGCAAUGCACUCAUAACUGGAACUUAUUACCUACUUGCACCAGCUUCAUUAUUGGGCAUGAAAUCAGCUUCAAAGGCAGCAUUCGAUUGGAUGAUGAAUAAACCUAAGAUUCUUGUGGCUUCAGCAUUAAUUGGUCGAGUUAUUGAUGACGUUGCAACUUACAAG